AUGUUUUAUGUGGAUUACGCUGCUAACGAACGUCCAUCAGAGCUAUCGCUCCUAACUGGGCGUGUGCCACGAAUAAUCUGUUUUUAUGUCGAGCGAGUGGACAUUACGACCAUGCGCGAGAAAAGUGAGAAUGAGCUCGAGGUCUGGAUGGAAAAGCGCUUUGAGCGUAAAGAGUUGCUGCUCAAGACAUUUUACGAGUCAAAUGGCAAGCUACCAAACGGGGCAGAGCCUCUUUUCCAGGAAGGUCAAGGACCUGUUAUCGCCGCGUUAGUGCUGAUUUGCAUCAUCACUGCUUACGGCUCGGGCGUUGAUGGGUACUUGAUAAAAAACUUGUAA